AUGACAAAUUCAUUAAUAUCAACUGCAGUUCUUCUUGCUAAUAGUUAUAAAUCGUUAGAUGAAAUUGACAAAGCAUCAGAUAUUAGCAUUCAUUUAUAUAAAUCAAAUGCUAAGAAAAAGAUCAGUCACUCAUGGACUGCAGUCAAUCAACAAAUCUUUCAAUUUCGAGCUCAUGAUCAAUCUCAUUCUCGAUCAAUUGAAAUCUCCGUUGAACUUGAGAAAAUAUCAAAGAAAGUUAUUGAAUAUGAUUAUGAAUACGAUACAAAUUGGAUCAGACAAUCAUUGAAUUUAAAUGAAAUCGUCGCGUCAGUCCUUUGUGAACACAGUUAACACCUUGCAAUUGCAUGAAACUUAGUUAAGAACCCCAAUGCAUCACGAACUCAAAUGACAAAUUUAUCUUUGUAUUUGUGGUGAUUGUCUUAUGUGAUCAUGUCAAUUCUUUUUUUUCAUAGAUCGUGCCACAAAAAUAAUAGCUGCUAUUCGUC